AGAGGCACAAAAGGGACGGAUCAACGCCAAGAGGAACUUCGUGCAGAUUCUCGCAUUACAGCUAUUGAGCCACAUCAAGUCCUCUGCGGCGUCUGCGAUCAGUGGAUCAAACUUCAGUCUUACAAGGAAUACGAUGAUGAGAGCACUUCAGAGGAACGGCGGGCAGAACUUGAACGUGAUGGCCGGUGUGAAAACGUUGAGCCACAGCACGUUACUUGCAAGUUGUGUAAUCGCACCGUUGGUUUGCACGUAAAGAAGGAUUAUUCGCUCUCCAAUUGGUACAGACAUAUAUCGAGUUGCGGUAAAAAGAUUGAUAAGUAA